AUGGAGAACCAAAUUAAAUUAGCAGAAGAACUGCAAAAACUUCAUUUUAAGUCCAUGAGUAUGGAUAUAAAUGAAGAUUUAGAAAAUUUGGAAAAACUCCUAGAUAGUUUGGCCAAAAAAUGGUCAGAGUUUCAACGAAACCAUUUAGAAUUGUCCAAAGAUCCCAAAAAUAAAAAAGAUAAUUAUUUUAAAAGUGACGUAGAAGGGUCGGUAGGCACGCUUUAUUUGACAGCGCACGCCAAGUUAAGCGAUUUGAUCGCUAUUAUUAAAGAAAAUAGUGCUCCCAGGAAAAUGGAAUGCCUUCCAAAUCCUGGUUUAGUUCGCAGGCUUCAAUUCUUAUUAACAGAAUUAGAAAAGAAUAUUGAAGACUGCGAAUUAAACGAAAUAUGCUCUCUAGACAGCAUAGAGAGACUAAUAGAAAAAACUCGUGAUACUGUGCUUGAAUUUAUUAGCCAGCACGAAAAUGAUGAGUUAACGAGUAAAUUCUAUGAUUUAAGAAAUAGAUUUUACAAACUUAAAUUAAAAUCCAUUAGCAAAAAAAAUGCUACUAAUUUUACGCUGCCUCAAGUAGACAUUCCCAUCUUUUCAGGAGAUUACGCUCAGUGGCAAACAUUUAAAGAAUUGUUUGAGCAACUCGUAGUCUCUCAAAAUGUUUCAAACACAUAUAAAAUGUGUAUUUUAAAAACAAAAUUAAGAGGAUCGGCUGCAAGUUGUAUUACAAAUUUGCCUUCAACCUCGACUAAUUUUUCAGUUGCCUGGAACCUUCUUAAUGAAAAAUUUACGAAUAAAAGGUUACUCGCAAACACUUAUUUCAAACAAAUUUUAGAAGCACCAGUAGUGACUGAGACUGCUUUUAGUGUACGAAAAUUUCAAGAAAAAAUUUCUGAAAGUACACAAGCAUUGGAAAGUCUCAGUUUGUCUGCUGAUAAUUUGUUGCAAGCUUUAUUAAAUUAUACGCUUGUGCAAAAAUUGGACAACAAUUUAAGACUUAGGUAUGAAAAUUCCCUUAAAAACCCUAAGGAAAUACCUACCUUAAAUUCACUACAAUCGUUUCUGAUUCAUGAAGGGAAUGCACUAGAAGCAGCACAAGCUUCAAAAACAUCACCAAAAUUUCAAAAUGCAGAAUUUAAAUGCAUAAUGGGAUGUAAUAACUCUCACAAUAUAUUUUAUUGUCAUAAAUUUAAAGCCCUUUCUACACAGGACAAAUGGGAUGCAGUAAUUAAACACAAAUUAUGCACCAAAUGUCUUAAAACAGGGCACAAUAUAAAAGAAUGUAAAGGCGAAAGUUGCCUCACUUGUAAAGGAAACCAUCAUUUAUGGCUUCAUAAAGAUAAAACUUCUAAAGCGAAAAGCACAAUCAUUAAAAAUACGAAAAAUGAUAAAUUAAAAAAUGAUUCUAAACAUGUCCUGCUAACCACAGCAAUUGUUGGUAUAAAAGGUCGUGAUGGAAGAAUAAUAAAGGCACGUGCUUUAUUAGAUAGUGGGUCUCAAGUUCACCUUAUAACCAAAGAACUAAAAAAUAAAUUAAAACUUCCUUCCAAGAGAGAAUCUAUGACCAUUGAAGGAGUUGGUCAAAACAAGACAAAUACAAAUGAAAGAGUUAAUCUUCAUUUAAAGUCAUUAAAAGAUCCUUUCGAAACAAAUUUAGACACUAUGGUUGUAGAAAAGAUUGUGUCGAAUGUGCCCACAGAACACAUAAAAGUAAAAAAAAUUCCAGAGAAUAUAAAACUGGCCGACCCUUCAUUUGGUGUUCCGGGUAAAAUUGACUUACUUUUAGGUGCGGACAUAUUCUUUGAUUUCUUAAAAGAAGAGAAAUUAUCAAUCGAAAAUGUUAAUUACAAACUGCAGAACAGUGUGUUUGGGUGGUUGAUAUACGGAUCAACUAACAUAAGCUCCAAAUUAGCUCACUGUGGUGUGGUAACAUAUUUCGAUGAAAAACUAGAUAAUCAACUUAAAAAGUUUUGGGAAAUAGAAUCAAUUGAAAAUAAAUGUGUUAAUCAAACUAAAGAAGAAACACAUUGUGAAGAGCAUUUUAUUAAUAAUUUUAAAAUUUCUGUAGAUGGUAAAUUUACUGUAGCUCUUCCAUUCAAAAAAGAAAAUAUAAACUUAGGUGACUCUUCUUUACAAGCAAAAAGAAGAUUUCUUUCUCUGGAGAAAAAGCUUAAAAAUAAUGAAAUUGUGAGAGAGCAGUAUAAACAAUUUAUGAAGGAAUACAUAAGGUUGGGCCAUACGGAGGAAAUAAAAAAUGUUAAUUUGUUUAAAUCGAAAUAUUAUUUACCACACCAUUGCGUACUGAAACCAGAUAGUACAACUACUAAAUUAAUAGUCGUUUUUGAUGCAUCCUGUAAAACAGACAAGAAUGUUUCCUUGAAUUCAAUAAUGCAUUCUGGGCCUAAGUUGCAAGAAAACUUAUUUAAUAUUUUGCUGAGAUUUAGAAAACAUAUGUAGGUAUGUCUUCACAGCAGACAUUGAGAAAAUGUUCAGGCAAAUAUGGAUUCGCCCAGAGGAUGAAAAAUAUCAAUUAAUCUAUUGGCGCGAUGAAGAUAAUGAAAUACUGCGAACAUAUACUCUUAAAACAGUUACGUAUGGUACUGCAGCUGCACCUUAUUUAGCAGUUAAAUGUUUGCAGAAAAUUACAGAAAUGGAGAGGAAUAAUUAUCCAGAAGUAGCAGAAAUUAUCAAUGUAGAUUUUUAUAUGGAUGAUCUCAUGACAGGAGGAGAUAAUCUAGAUGAUGUCAAGUUAAUCCAGGACAAUAUCAAAAUAAUUUUCAGAAAAUAUGGAUUCAACCUUAGAAAAUGGUGUUCCAACAACAUUGAACUUCUAAAAAACAUUCCUCUUGAAGACAGAGAAAAUCAACUUGACUUGAACAAGGAAAAUAACAACGAAGUUAAAGCAUUAGGUGUCACUUGGACUCCAUUCGACGACUACUUUCGUAUAACUUGCAAUUGGAAGUGCAACGACAAAAUUACUAAAAGGACCAUUCUUUCAGACGUUUCCAAAUUAUUCGACCCAUUGGUCUUUGUAAAUACCGUCACAGUUACUUCUAAAAUUUUAUUACAAGAAAUGUGGAAAUCAAAAACUGAUUGGGAUGAAAAGCCGUAACAGGAAAUAGUGGACACUUGGUUAAAAAUCAAAGAUGAGCUUCCAUUGUUAAAUCAAAUACGAAUAUCCAGACGUAUUUUAUGCAAUGAACCGGUGAAUAUUGAGUUACAUGGUUUUUGUGAUGCUUCGAUGAAAGCGUAUGGGGCCGUACUUUAUGCAAAAUCUGAAAACCAAACAGAUUCCACAAUAGUAUUGAAUUGGUUACAGCUAGAUCCUGGACGUUUACAGAUAUUUGUGUCGAAUAGAGUAAAUUUCAUACAAACCAACACCAACAUGAAUAAUUGGAGGCAUAUCGGCUCAAAAGACAAUCCGGCUGAUAUUAUUUCUAGAGGAGUGACACCAAGCGAACUUAUCACCAGCAAACUAUGGUUUAGAGGACCGGAAAUUAUUUAUACAAAUAAUUAUAAAAUCCAACAAAAGGUAAACAAUGAUAAUUUAAUUAUUCCAGAGAUAAAGAAAUCCAAGAUUGUUAUGAUUCUUACCGAAAAACAAACAAUUCUAAUGAAUAUAAACCAUAAAAAUAGUUUCGAAUUUCUACAAAACGUUAUAGCUAACAUAUUUAAAUUUAUAGAUAUCAUAAGGAAAAAACCAUUAAUGAAUCCAAUUUUUUAUAAACGACAAGCAUUAAAUUAUGUAGUUUGUCAAAUACUAAAACAAAUACUUUGAUCUAGAACCAAAACUAAUCAAUUAAAACAAACGAAUUCCAAAAAAUUCCAAACUGGCCACUUUAGCUCCAAUUGUAGAUACUAAUAAUAUUAUAAGCACCCUAUACUUCUCCCUUAUGAAGAUGAAAUUGUUCGUUUAUUAGUAAAUCAUAUACAUGUUAAACAUCUACACAUUGGACCACAGGGUUUACUAGCAAUAACCAGGCAAAAGUUUUGGAUUUUAAGAGGUAGACAAUUAGCAAGCAAAGUUGUAAAUAAAUGUUAUAGAUGCUUUAAAGCAAACCCUCGCCCCCUUCAUCAGUUAAUGGGAAACUUACCACGAGAUAGAUUAAUAGGGACGCGUCCAUUUUAUAUAGUAGGAAUGGGCUUCCUAGGUCCAAUUAGGAUACAUCAUAAAAUACGUGGAAAAAAGGCUAAUAAAGCUUAUGUCUGUGUCUUCGGGUGCUUUUCUACGAAGGCAGUACACUUAGAAGUAGUAUCAGAUCUUUCUUCAGCAGCCUUUAUAGGUGCCUUAAAACGAUUUAUUUCUAGGAGAAGUUUCCCAUACAAAAUCUAUUCAGAUAAUGGGACCAAUUUUAUUGGAGCAGCCAAUAGCCUUCGCGAAGUCUUUAAAUUAUUUCAGAAAGACUCUCAUAAAGCAAAAUUAUCAGAAUUUUGUAAUCAAAGAGAAAUAACCUGGAUAAAUAUACCAGCAAGAUCUCCACAUGUAGGAGGACUUUGGGAAGCGGCUGUUAAAUCAGUUAAAAAACAUUUUUUCCGAGUAGUUGAAGGUGUAAUGACUUUUGAAGAAAUGUCCUAUCGAAGAAAAAACAAGAGAUGAUCCGAUUGAGGUAAAUGAUAAUAUACCAAGGCGGUCGACUCGGAUAAAAAAUAAAAACUUAAUCUUAACAUUAUUAAACUUACUUAUAGUUUUACCAUCUGUAAAAUGCUUAAAUAUAAGUUAUUUUAAGAAUAGUUCUGGAGUAUUUUUGGAACAAAGAGGGCCUGUUGGGUUGACUAGAACAGCGUGGGAUAUAAUUGUCCACAUCGAUCUUCUUCAAUACUCGGUUGAAAAGCAGCAAAUUUCAAAUUCGUUGAAAUAUUUAAAGGACUCAACUAUAUUUAAAGAGGAUAAAGUGAACGAAGUGGCUCAGCAGCUGCACAACAAGUAUUUAGAGAUUGAACAGCUGCACGACAUCAUUGCGUUCACGGGGAGGAGGAUGCAACGGAGGACAAGGUCAGUGUUACCCUUUAUAGGGUCAUUGUACCACUCCUUGUUUGGACUGAUGGAUGAAGAGCAUGCAGAAGUUCUU